AACGUCGCUUUCACUCGCCUCCUCCCUUCCCAGCACGCCGACUUCCUGGUCGCCGCACGACCCCACGUACGACUACACUACCCAGAAGUCUCUUCUUCGUGUCUCAGUGCGGCGCGGGCUCCAGCCGUCUACUUUGAACUACAGUUCCCAGAGGUCGUCUGGAUAAGUGCUUCCCUCUCUCGCUUCCAGGAGCACAAUUCCCAGAGACUUCAGUUUCGCCGCGGUUCUCUUGUUACUCUGUCUCUUGAGUUGCUUGGGUUUCGAUCGGCCAGCAGAAGCACAGCGGCGACGUGACCAGUCGUGGCCGGGCACGGGAUCUCUCCAGCGGCCCGUCUUGCUCGCCCCCUCGGUUAUCCCCCUUGCAGGCCGUCGCGCUUGGCCUGAGCGGUGACCUGGCGGGCCGCGCCUGCGCUCUGCCCCGUUUCCUGCCUGGCUGGUGGCGGCGGCCAUUUUGUUCAUCCUCCUCCUCCUCCUGCUCCUCCUGGUUGGAGCGCAGUGUCCGGAGCGGGCUGGGGGGAGAGAGCCCUAGAGCCGGGUUCGGUGCCUUUUCCUCUGUCCCCAGCCGGUGCCCGGAGCCCCCCUCCCCUUCCUCCCCACCCCCUCCCCUCCCCAGCCCUGCCCUCCCCCUUGUCCCGGGAUCGCUCCGUCGCACCCACCAUGAUGGAAGACGACGGGCAGCCCCGGACUCUAUACGUAGGUAACCUCUCCAGAGAUGUGACAGAAGUCCUUAUACUUCAGUUAUUCAGUCAGAUUGGACCCUGUAAAAGCUGUAAAAUGAUAACAGAGCAACCCGAUAGCAGAAGGGUCAACUCUUCUGUUGGAUUUUCUGUUUUGCAGCAUACAAGCAAUGACCCAUAUUGCUUUGUGGAAUUUUAUGAACACAGAGAUGCAGCUGCUGCAUUAGCUGCUAUGAAUGGGAGAAAAAUUUUGGGAAAGGAGGUCAAAGUAAACUGGGCAACAACACCAAGUAGCCAGAAAAAAGAUACUUCCAAUCACUUCCAUGUGUUUGUUGGGGAUUUGAGUCCAGAAAUCACAACAGAAGAUAUCAAAUCAGCAUUUGCCCCCUUUGGUAAAAUAUCGGAUGCCCGAGUAGUUAAAGACAUGGCAACUGGAAAAUCUAAAGGCUAUGGUUUUGUAUCUUUUUAUAACAAACUGGAUGCAGAAAAUGCAAUUGUGCAUAUGGGCGGUCAGUGGUUGGGUGGUCGUCAGAUCAGAACCAAUUGGGCCACACGUAAACCACCUGCACCGAAAAGUACACAAGAAAAUAACACUAAGCAGUUGAGAUUUGAAGAUGUAGUAAACCAGUCAAGUCCAAAAAAUUGUACUGUGUACUGUGGAGGAAUUGCUUCUGGGUUAACAGAUCAGCUUAUGAGACAGACUUUCUCACCAUUUGGACAAAUUAUGGAAAUAAGAGUGUUUCCAGAGAAGGGCUAUUCAUUUGUCAGAUUCUCAACCCAUGAAAGCGCGGCCCAUGCCAUUGUUUCAGUUAAUGGCACUACAAUUGAAGGACAUGUUGUUAAAUGCUAUUGGGGUAAAGAAUCUCCUGAUAUGACUAAAAACUUUCAACAGGUGGACUACAGUCAGUGGGGCCAGUGGAGCCAGGUUUACGGAAACCCUCAGCAGUACGGACAGUACAUGGCGAAUGGGUGGCAGGUACCGCCGUAUGGAGUGUACGGCCAGCCGUGGAACCAGCAGGGCUUUGGAGUAGAUCAAUCACCUUCUGCUGCCUGGAUGGGUGGAUUUGGUGCUCAGCCUCCCCAAGGACAAGCUCCCCCCCCUGUAAUACCUCCUCCUAACCAAGCUGGAUAUGGUAUGGCAAGUUACCAAACACAGUGAGCUGGGACUCUAAACACAGUUGUAAUUCAUGAUAGCUUCAGUUUCCUGUGACACUCUGAAGACAUGAAAGUAGACAUCGAAAAAUGGAAAUAUUUAUUUUAAAAAUUGAAAUGUUUGGAACCUUUAGCACAGCUUUGCUUUGGUGAAGGACACAUGUCUUCUAGUUCUGCCUUUUUAAGUUUUUGUUCAUGAUGGAUAUGAACAUGAUUUUUCUUUGUGUACAAAAACUAAAAUAAAGUCAAUAAAGACAAUUCUGACUACAAAUUUUGAUAUAAUAGGAGAAAUGGGUAAUACAUUUUGAUUCUUAGAUACUAUCCCAUUUUUAUCUUGCUGUUCAGUAUUUUAACCCACUGUGUUUUUAAAGCGCAAAAAAGGGAGGAUCGUGAAAAACUGGGAAUCAUAUAAGUUCAUCCUGAACCUUGAUACUCCCCACCCCUACCCCAAAGUGGACCACAUUCGAAGUCAGCCGAAAAAAGUGUGAUAUUCGGAAGAAGUGCAUGAUUUUGGAGUCGCUUUGGAGGAAAUAUUUACUUUCUCUAUGCCUAAAGAAACUGAAGCCAGACUGAUAAAGAAAUUUUGCAACUUAAAUAAGGAACAACAUUGUGUGACAUACUUGAGCGAAUGAAUACUGGUGGUCCACAGUAAGACAUAUUUUUAAAACUUAAAAAAAAAUGUUAUUAUUAAAACUGUAGUAAUUUACAUUUCAUUUGUGGGGGCAAAUUUCCAAGUAUGGUGUUUGUAUUAAGGUCAGACAGUCAUACUUGUGCUUUUACAUGAAGUUUAAAUGAUAUACAUUGUAAAUAUUGAAUAACUACAGCGUUUAAAGAGCAUGCUUCAACCUAGAAGUAGCAGCAAUGUAAUUAUUUGAAGUAACACUUAACACAUGCCAUGCAUCCAGUGCAAUGGAUUGAUAAAGAUGUUUUUAAAAGACACAUUUCCAAGGUUGGCUACCAUGUAAAAAUUAAAUUAACAAAUUACAGAGAAAGCCUUAAUUUUAAUUUCAUACAACUCUUGACGCAUUAAUACAUUUUAAAGUGUCAUUGGAAAUUAUAUUUUUUUCCUUUUUUUUUCCCUUUACAUCACUUGGUAUGUAAAUACCUUCAUGAAAACCUUGUAAACCUAUUUCAAGGUUCCUAUAAGUUGUAUAGUACAGUGUUUUUUAAAAAUCUUGGGGUGUUUUUAAAAAUUAGAUAUAUUUUGCCCUGGAGUUUUUUAAACAAGAUUGCUAAGACAUCCUAUUUAGACAGUUUGAUGAACCAGUUUAUAAUUGGAUAGUCAGCUUAUUAAACAGCACACGAGUUACAACUCUUAUUUUUAAUUAAUUUCCUUUCCGUGUGGGGUAGAGCGCAUGGGGUGGCCUGAGUAGAGGCUGAGCUGGAUGUGUGCAGUUUGUAAAUGAAGUGAUGGGGAAGAUGUAAAAGGUUCCGUUUGCUUCUGAGGUGUUUUUCAGGCUAUGUGGAUAAAGACCUGCCUCACAUUUCUAUCUUAACAGGAAUGUAAAAUAGAUAAAGUCCUAUGUAUCUGAAUUACGUCAGCUGGGGGGUGCAGAGGUUCAGGCAGUGCGCUGACGUGUUUGCGACCUGGGCACCAGAGUGAGAAGAAUCGCCCUUUCCCAUGAAGGGUGCAGUGCAACUAGCACGUACAAAUCACUAUUUUUUUAAACUUCUCAAGUCUUAAAAUUAGCUUUAAGAUAAUGAUGGUUUUAUAAAUUGGUGACCACUAUAAUUUUGGUAUUAUUUUCCUUCUGCCCCCAUUUAGAAAUGUAGCUAAAUGUACUCAACAUGAAAAUUUACGGAGUCUCAAGCUCUUCAUCUUUGGGCCAAAAUUUUUAUGGCAUUUUAGUUUCAACCAUGAUGAUCACCUACUUCCACUUUCCUAUUAUAAGAUUUACCCUUCCUUUGGUCAUGGUUAGUGUCAUUGGGGGAUAUUAAGGAAAAGUUACUUUAUAUUUUAUAAGGAGAACACUGAAAUUAUAUCAAUUAUGCCUCCUGGUUAAACAUUUCUUGAAUCUAUGUGAAACUUGAACAACUAAAGCCUUUUUUUAUAUAUUGUUGAAAGCCUAUUAAAUUCUCAGUUUGCCUUUUUUGGUCUGCCAGUAUAUUAAGUAGCUUAUUGAGAUAAAUAACACCUAAACACAGCUGCAGUGUUUCCUAGAUGUGUAUUCUAUAAUUUAAUGAAAUUAUCCAGACUAGUCAUAGUGCCAUAAUAAACAUGUGACUGAAGUGUCCUUCGUCUUAAUCUGAAAGAGAACAAGAUUUCACGAUGAGCUCAGUUAACAGAAGCUAUUUCAUAUCACAUGGUCUUGAAGAUCUGAAGCUGUGUGCCCAAAUGAGAUGCAGCACCUCCAAACACAGCCGUCAAGCUGACAGAAACUCAAGGCUGUUUUAUUAGAACACAGUGAAGUCUGUGCUAUCUUGAUCCAGUUUAAGUCCAAGGACCGUUGCCUUUUUCCCGUUCGUUAGAAACAGCAGCAGAGGUUCUUAGACACAAGAAAAUGUCUCAUAUUUCAUAAUUAUUUUGGUGAUGUGUUUCUGACUGCCAUCUUUAUGCUCUAGUGAUCUUCUCUAUUAGUCUUUCCCACCAUGCCAUUCCCACUUGAUUUUUAUGUCUGCUGGCAGUGAGAGGCUAACAUGACUGGCCAACUAAAGCCAAAGCUGUAAACCACAGUUGAAGUUAAGUCUUUCAAUAAAGACUAGACUAUAUGAUAAGUGGCUUUUUCUCAUUGUCGUUUAUUACACUUUUGUACCUUCCAGGCUGCCUUGAAAUAAGCAAUGUGAUUUUCUGUCAAGUUAUUGUUAAGGUAUGUGGAGUGUACAGUGUGUCUUCAGGACAGACUUCUGUUUUCUGCAUCAGUUUUAAAGUCCAUUAGCUUUGUUGAGUCAAAAUUUAACUUUGGAUAUAAAGUAGAAUUUUAUGCAUCGUUCUAAAACUGUCUGCUCUGUUGAUUACCAAUAUAGUAAAACCUCAUUAAAUUGGAGUCCUCCAAAGUAGAAACCAUUAUUUUACCAUACUACCAGACUGUCCCUCUCAACAGUAGAAAAAUUUAGUAAGCAAGCUAGACAUUUUUUUUCCAGCAGGUGACCCAAAUUAAAUCUUACUCAUUAAUUGAAAGUCAGUCUUUGGGCUUCCACUUAAUAUAUUGUAAACAUUGA